CAGCAGCGCCGCAGGUAACAAGUCACAAGGGCCGUGUGCAGACUGCUAUCUCCUCGGCCUGUCACAGCCAGCUCGGCUUGAUACGUCUCCCCAUCUUGUGCCCGGACGCUGAAGGCCCUUGUAGACGCGUGGGAGGCGUCGACGCCUGCUUUGCGUGAGUCUCCAGCCUGUAGGCCACUCCCCAGUGACGGGUGUACAUGUAGCGUGAUGAAUUCCCAACAAAAUACUGCGUUUUGUGCUGUGCCUGUGCAGGGAUAUGCGUAGAGCCAGUGCACACGGCUUGUCGGUGCACAGUGAUCAGUGAACGGGCGUGUGCGGAGAACAGGCCCGUUCGGAAGAGUUGAGAGGGAGGCGGGGAGAGCCUGGCGCUCGUCUACAUCUGGGACCGUCUCCGCCGCCGACAACCCGUUCGCCUUUGCUGACAUUCCUGCACCGCAUGAUGUCAGCCUAGAAGAAGGGAUCGCCCCUCCCGCCGAAUUAAGACACAGGCGGUUUCUUUAGACUGCCUCGAGGGAGAGCAUCUCGAAACUGCAACUAUUUAUGUAAGAAAAAGUGCAUCCAGUGGCUAGUCACCGGAAAUACUGUAAAGUGUGCGUCUCAGAGCUGAAGCGGUGACUCACUCACACAUGCUGUUUGUGUUGUGUUGACCCGAAAAACACGAUCACAGCAGCCGGAAGUAGUUCGAGCUUUUGUGCCUUCAAGUGUUUUCGAAGUUGCCUCAGAAAAAAAUCACUUGCUUUCUUUGUUUAUGUGUUUGUGUUUUUAGCAGCUAUUGGACGUCGACGCGCCAUAAAAGGCCGUAUGAUUUAAGGUGUUCCUCUAAAUGCCAAAUCGAUUAACGUCUUAUCAGGCACUGAGAUAAGCAAGGAUUCUAGAGAGAGGUUGUACCAAGAUCAUUCCCUAUCGUCGGCACUGCUGUAUCUUCGGGCCGUUUCAACUGGGCCUGCUGUAUUCUCAAGAUUUUUCGGAGCCUGGAUGUUCGGGAAGCCCAAGAGCGCGACAGCAGGAUAAAUGAGUGAGCGAUAGUCAUAACCGCAAAGGGACGGUGUAGUGGGGUGCCGUGAGCGUGGUGUGCAAGAGAGGAGCGUGAGCUGCGUGCAGGAUGGCCACCAUUGACGGACGACCGGCGCAGUAUGGCGUCACGCUCAAGCAACUGCGCGAGCUCAUGGAGCUGCGUGGUGGGGAGGGCAUAGAGCGCUUGGAUACUGAGUUCGGCGGCAUCCUCGAGCUUACCAAGAAGCUCUACUCCUCUCCCACCAAUGGGUUGAGCGGGAAUGCCAGUGACAUGGAGCACCGACGACAAACCUUCGGCUCCAAUGUCAUACCACCAAAGCCUCCAAAAACAUUCCUCACCUUGGUGUGGGAGGCGCUACAAGAUGUAACUCUUAUUAUCCUUCAGGUGGCUGCUGUGGUGUCCUUAGGUCUCUCCUUUUACAAACCCCCUGCAGAAAGUUCAUCAGGUCCACAAGUUGGUCAUCACGAUGAGGGAGAGGAAGAAGCAGGAUGGAUCGAGGGAGUGGCCAUUCUUAUAUCUGUGGCAGUAGUUGUUUUUGUCACAGCCUUUAAUGACUACACAAAAGAAAAACAGUUUCGAGGUCUACAAAGCCGCAUUGAGGGCGAGCACAAAUUCUCUGUUAUUCGAGGAGGAGAAGUCCAUGAUAUUGGAGUGGGAGAUAUUGUCGUUGGUGAUAUUUGCCAAAUCAAAUAUGGUGACUUGUUACCUACAGAUGGAAUCUUGAUACAAAGCAAUGACCUAAAGAUUGAUGAGUCCUCGCUAACUGGAGAGUCAGACCAUGUAAAGAAGGGGGCUGACACAGAUCCUAUGGUGCUCUCAGGGACACAUGUAAUGGAGGGCAGUGGAAAAAUGCUGGUGACUGCAGUAGGUGUAAAUUCUCAAGCUGGCAUUAUCUUUACACUUUUGGGUGCUGCUGCAGAUGAAGAAGAAGUUGAAGCUAAGAAGAGGAAAAAAGAGGCCAAAAAGCAGCGGAAAAAGCAGAAGAAGGGCGACUCAGGAGAAGAGUUGAUUGUCGCCAAUCCUAGCAAGCAAGGAGAAGGUGAGGCUGGAGCCGUGACGGGUAACUCUCACCACGCAACAGCAAACUCUGCCAACGCUGACGGUGAUGUGAGAAACAACAAACAUUCAAAGGAAGAAGAGGAAGGAGAAGAAGGUGGAGCCUCUGGGGGUGGAGGACAUGAGAAGUCUGUCCUGCAGGCCAAGCUGACCAAGUUGGCCAUUCAGAUAGGUUAUGCUGGUUCAUUCAUCGCUGUGCUCACUGUUGUGAUUCUAAUAGUCCGUUUCUGCGUACAAACCUUUGUUUUGGAAGGCAAACCAUGGGACACAUUUUAUGCAAACCAUUUUGUCAAGUUCUUCAUCAUUGGUGUAACUGUGUUGGUGGUGGCUGUGCCUGAGGGUCUUCCCCUUGCUGUUACACUGUCUUUGGCUUACUCUGUAAAGAAAAUGAUGAAAGAUAACAACUUGGUGCGACAUUUGGAUGCUUGUGAAACUAUGGGUAAUGCAACAGCUAUUUGUUCUGACAAAACUGGAACCCUCACCACUAACCGCAUGACAGUUGUUCAGUCAUACAUCUGUAAUGAAGAUCAUAAGACUACUCCAAAGUUUGAGUCAUUACCACAUGCAGUGGGUGACCUCUUGGUGAACGCCAUUAGCAUCAACUCUGCCUAUACAUCCCGUGUUUUGCCAGGCGACAACCCAGGAGAUCUCCCAAAGCAGGUUGGCAACAAAACAGAAUGUGCACUGUUAGGCUUUGUUUUGGAUCUUGGAAAAAGUUACCAGGUUAUUCGAGAUGAAGUCACUGAAGAAAACUUUCAUCGUGUAUACACCUUCAAUUCAGUACGAAAAUCUAUGUCAACGGUGGUGCCUCGCAAUGGAGGCUACCGCAUUUAUACUAAAGGUGCCUCUGAAAUUGUCAUGAAAAAAUGCUCCUUCAUCCAUGGCAAAGAUGGCAGAUUAGAGAACUUCACAAGGUCAAUGCAGGAACGUCUUGUAAGAGAAGUAAUUGAGCCUAUGGCAUGUAAUGGUCUUCGCACAAUCUCAGUUGCAUAUAGAGACUUUGUCACAGGGAAAGCUGAAAUUAACCAAGUGCAUUUUGACUCGGAGCCACAUUGGGAUGAUGAGGAUAACAUCAUCAACAACAUGACCUGUAUCUGUAUAGUGGGCAUUGAGGAUCCUGUGCGACCUGAAGUGCCUGAUGCCAUUCGAAAGUGCCAGCGGGCAGGCAUCACAGUGCGAAUGGUCACCGGAGACAAUAUCAACACUGCCCGCUCCAUUGCUAGCAAAUGUGGAAUUCUUAAAACUGGGGACAAUAGUCUCAUUCUAGAGGGGAAAGAGUUUAAUAGGAGAGUAAGAGAUGCAUCAGGAAAGAUUCAGCAACAUUUAAUCGACAAAGUGUGGCCAAGCCUGCGUGUCUUGGCUCGUUCCUCUCCUACGGACAAGUAUACCCUGGUGAGAGGUAUCAUUGAGAGUAAAGUGAGCUCUAAUAGAGAGGUGGUGGCUGUCACUGGGGAUGGAACAAAUGAUGGCCCUGCUCUCAAAAUAGCUGAUGUUGGCUUUGCUAUGGGCAUUGCUGGUACUGAUGUUGCCAAAGAGGCAUCAGACAUUAUUCUCACUGACGACAAUUUUACUUCAAUCGUCAAAGCUGUCAUGUGGGGAAGGAAUGUGUAUGAUUCCAUUGCAAAAUUUCUGCAGUUCCAGUUGACAGUAAAUGUUGUUGCUGUCGUUGUGGCUUUUGUUGGUGCCUGUGCCAUUAAUGAUAGUCCUCUCAAGGCUGUACAAAUGUUGUGGGUGAACCUUAUCAUGGAUACUUUGGCUUCCUUGGCACUUGCAACAGAAGCUCCCACACCCGAGCUCCUGCUACGAAAGCCAUAUGGGCGUACUAAGCCUCUCAUCUCUCGCACCAUGAUGAAGAAUAUCCUUGGUCAAGCCUUGUACAUGAUUUGUGUUAUAUUUGUUUUGUUAUUUUAUGGUGAUAAGUUGUUAGACAUUGACUCUGGUCGUUAUGCUGACAUCCGUGACCCGCCAUCCCAGCACUUCACCAUUAUCUUCAACACUUUCGUCAUGAUGACUCUCUUCAACGAAAUCAAUGCACGGAAAAUUCACGGACAGCGCAAUGUGUUCCAGGGUUUCUUUACUAAUCCCAUUUUCUACAGCAUCUGGCUUAGUACACUAGCUAGUCAGAUUGUGAUAGUACAGUUUGGUGGUAUGGCAUUUUCAACGCAAGCCCUGUCACUGGAGCUGUGGUUAUGGUGUCUGCUCUUUGGAUGUGGAGUGCUACUCUGGGGACAGGUUGUCACCUCCAUCCCAACCAAAAAGCUACCUAAGAAUGUAUUCUCGUAUGGAUCAGGGGAGCCUAUUAAUGAUCCUAUUGCUGAUCUGGCCAGUGAAGACAAGCUGGAUUCGGACGGGAAGGACAGCAAGCGGACGGGUCAGAUUUUGUGGAUCCGUGGCUUGACCCGACUCCAGACUCAGUUGAGAGUAAUACGAGCAUUCAAGUCAACCCUGGAAGACUUGGAAGAACGGCGGUCGUGCCAUAGUUUGCAUAGUUUGCGCAUCUCGCGCAGUCAGCAGGGCAACCGGCCCAUGUCAGACAUCAGUUACAUAGAUGAGGACUCUACGAAAAGCCCAAGUCCCAAUAGUGACAAGCGGUGCGGGUCGUGCAACGCAACUGUGCGCCUCGUAACGCCCGUCGAGGAGUCAUCACCCACCACGGCUGAGACCGCCCCCCUGGUACCCCCCGGCAGCCCUCCCCCAGGCGGGCCUGCUGCAGCAGCAACCCAGCAGCUGGGGCACCACCGACCCCACACCCACGCCAACACACAAAAUUCGAGUAGUUAAUGCGUUUCGGCAGGGGCUUGAUGCACGGCCUUCCAACCCAAACCUGGCGGCAGUGCUGAAGAAGCAGACGUCCCUGAGCAAACGGUUGUCCCAGGGGUCUUCACUGGAGUAUGCCGACAUGUGUCCGGAUCCAGAAGAAUUAACAGUGCCAGAGAUCGACGUUGAGCGUUUAUCCUCACACAGUCACACCGAGACUGCUGUGUAGGCCCUAGUGUAGGCCCCCAUGCCGCUUUCUCAGGGCCAACUGCACCUCCAGCAGCAGUAGCAGCACUGGCAGCAACAGUAGUGUGAUCAGCAGCAGCAGCAGCAGCAGCAACAGCCAUUAGCCACUACCGUAGUAGCUAGCGGGUGCCACCUGUGGUGUGGUGCCUAGGUGCUGGGCUCCGUCGCGACUGACAAUGACUGACUGCGAUAAUCAGGGUGGCUCGGGCGGGCUAAGGCGGUGACAGUUCAUGUUUGGGAGAGAGAGAGAAAAAAAAAAAAAAACUGUGGGUGCUGUGCACACCUGUUAUUGGUGGCGGUGGGCUGCCUGGGCUCCCGUGAGUUGUCUUCCUGGGGGCCUGCUGUCCUGCAUCUACCCAGCCUGAACACACCCCUUAAGGGGCAUGCCCAACUGUCCCUCCGCCUGUGCCCACCUCUGGUGCACACCCACACUCACUGGUGUAAGCCAAGGACUCACUUUAACAGUGUGCCGCCGCGCCCGUUGUUUCAUCAUGUCCUACUGUUAAUAGUCUUGUGUAUAGUAAGGGUUGUUAUUGCAUAGUCUACCAAUUAUAGAUAUGGUAAAGGGUUUUUGCCAGAGGGUUAGAUCUGUUGAACAAUACUAAGGACAAAUUACCAUUAUACCUGUAGUCAAAGGACGUUUUAAAACUCUCUAAAGAAGUUGUGGAAACUUGUAUAUUCAUGAAUGUUCUUGGUUCUUGUUUUCUAAAACCAUGUUGGCUGUUCCUGAUACUAGAGUCUAUACAUCUCUGUUUUGUUUAUGUUUGGCAGUAUUGUUUUGUCCAUUUGCUGUGUAUGGAAGAUGAGACCUAGGUUGUAUGACUGGUGGUACCUCUUAGCUUAAGUGGUAUGAUCGUUGCAUUGCUACAAGUUGUGUGGUGGAGCCAGCCUUGUUAUGAGCCCGGCUUCACAACACAACCACUACUGAUGUCUAGGUUUAAUCAGACAUCUUUGCAUUUAAUACUAAUAAUCCUAACAUCAUGGGGGUCGUUUUUAUGGAGCAAUAGUUGUUUUGAAGUAUAUAUAAUAGUGAUGAUGCUUGUCAAUAAUUCAAUCACUGAAGGUAAUUGUCAUGUUAUGUAAUUAACAAUAUUACAAAUGAACUGGUGCACGGUUGUUCACGACCUUAUCACCUGUUAUAAUGUUGGCUAGCCAAUGGAACCAAUUUUAUUUGUUGUGCCCAUGUGAGGAGCACUCCAGAGGCCUGCAAUUGUGUACGGCCACCCUGGGAGUAAGCCCUAGGACUUUUUCAUGCCCCUGCAAGCACUAAGUACUGACCUUGGAUAUUUCCUAGGAUCUAUCUUCAGUGCUCUUGUUAAAAAAUAUGGAAACCCAUAGGGGAGCUUGACUUUACCCAUGGAAAUAUGGCAUUUAAACUUGCCAGUCAACAUCCCCGACCCCACUAAUCCCACCACCUGCUCUUACCCCCCUAAUCCCUCCUCCUCCCUCUGUCUUUCCUCCCCUCUCCAUUCUCCAUCACCAUUCCCAGAAUACCCCUCCCCUAACUAUCACAUUUCACCACUCCAGGUUGACUCGAUGUCUGUUUGCGUGGUCUGCCCUCUACCAUCCUGUUCUUAGGUGUGGCAAAUAUGCAUUAGUUUUAAGUCAGUUCUCUGGGCUGUUCACCAAACCAUUACACAUAACAAAUUGUAGUCAAUAGCGAACAGUUAUUUCAUUCUUUUCCGUAGAGAAAGUGAAGGAUUUUCUAAAUACUGAAAUGUUGUAAAUCCAAUAAAUGUUAAUGUAAAAUGGUAGAGAUAACCAAGAUAAACCUUCUGUAAAUCUUCAGUAAAUCUUCAGUCAUUUUGUGAUGCUCGUCUCUUGACAUGUCAGCCACGACACUCCUUAACCUUAUGUUUGUCAACUAAUUCUAGGACUGAGGAAGUCUAAGAUCACUGGAAGUUUGAUAAGAAAAAGGCCUUGUACUUCUUCUCUUUGUCCAUUAUCUGAUGUGUGUGUGUGUGGGUCCAUGGAUGGUUUGUGCAGUGUGGAGCUGCGAGGCCCAACAUGACUCCUGAGAAGCAAAGGAUAUGAGUCUGGCUUCCGUUGUGAUGAUGCUCUGUCACCAACCAUGCACUCGAACGCGCGUAGUACUUUAGAUUUUUCGUGGAUAUAAACAAAUGGCUUCUAUUGUUAAUAGGAAAGAACAUUACUUGUUGCGUUUGUUAACUUUAAAAAUACAGGUUUUCAAGAGUCCA